AUGUGUUUGAGACAUCAAAAAUCAAACGUAUUUCCUCAACUUCUUCAUCUUCCUGAAUAUCCGGAAACAGAUCCCUGUUCCCCUCUUGAGUCCUAUGUUGCUUAUCUUCCACUGGUUAACCACUGGUGGGAAAAAAGGUCCGCAGCCUUUAGUACUGACCUCCUCCGCCUGGAACUCUUCUUGCUUUUUGCUUCGAAAAUUUCCUUCUUUGGUCCUUCCCCCAGGCCGGACCUCAAGACCCCCGGAAUCCCCCAGUUAUGCGGGGCGUUCCCGGUAGGCCCAUGGAUCCAGCGACACAUCCUUCAAGAGCCCGGGAGUGGGGGUGGGGGGCGGGGCGGGGAACAGCAAGGCCAAGAACAACGCCCGAGAAGAUCCGUCCAUUUGAUCGCAAUUCAAAACUAUUGCGCCAAUAUCUUAGGAGGCAGAGGUUCCAAAGCUCUUGCCAUGAUCAUCAUCUUCAAAAAUAUCGUUGACAAAUAA